CCCGGUCCCGGUCCCGGCCCGCUCAUGGCGGCCCGGCGGCUCCGCGGUGCCCUCCAGCUCGGGGCGCGGCAGCGCCUGCGGGCCGGGGCGGCCCCGCCCUGCAGACACGCAGCCCUGUGUGGCCUCCGGCUCUCCCGCCUGGCCAGGCCGGGCCCUGUGCCCUGGGAGCCCCGUUCCCAGCCCAGCAGGACCUUCCUGAACCUCACCAACAAGCGCAAGGAGUACUCGGAGCGGCGCAUCAUCGGGUACUCGAUGCAGGAGAUGUACGACGUGGUGGCCAACGUGGAGGACUACAAGAACUUUGUGCCCUGGUGCAAGAAGUCGGUGGUGGUGUCGCGGCGCUCGGGGCACAUCAAGGCCCAGCUGGAGGUGGGGUUCCCGCCCGUGCUGGAGCGUUACACGUCCAUCGUCACCCUGGUCCGGCCUCACCUGGUCAAGGCCGUCUGCACCGACGGGCGCCUCUUCAACCACCUGGAGACCAACUGGCGCUUCAGCCCCGGCAUCCCCGGCUACCCCCGCACCAGCACCGUGGACUUCUCGAUCUCCUUCGAGUUCCGCUCCCUGCUGCACUCCCAGCUGGCCACCGUGUUCUUCGACGAGGUGGUCAAGCAGAUGGUGGCCGCCUUCGAGCGCCGCGCGGCCAAGAACUUCGGGCCCGAGACCCGCAUCCCCCGGGAGCUCAUGUUCCACGAGGUCCACCAGACGUGAGGGUGGCCGGGCCGGGCCCCCCCGGACUGUGCCAGGCUGGGGCUCACCUGCCCCGUGCCCACCCCCCAAAUAUUUAUUCGAGUGCGUCUCCGCUGCCGUUGCCUCAACGUCCCCCCGGCCCCGGGGGGCUGCGUCCUGGCGCUGGACUCUCCCUGGUUUUGUAGCUGAUUUGGGGUUUUAAGUUUUGUUUUUAGCUCUUGGGAGUUGUUUUUGGUUUUGUUUCGUUUGGGGGUUUUUUAUUUAACCCUUUUUUUUUUUUUUUUUCUGUUCUUUUAACUCCUCGGCCAGGCCGGAGCGUCCCAGCGGGGACAGCUCCCGGUGCCUGGGCCGUGCUCCGGGACACAGGGAGGAAGGAAGGGUUUGCUGGGUGGGGGGGCCUGGCCGGAUCCCACACAGAGCUGCUGGGACCCUCCCCGUCCUCCCCAGCCCUCCCAGGAACAAAAGGGAAGGAGCUGGCACAGGGAGGAGCCCCCCGAGCCCCCGGCUCACGGCCGAGGGACCCCCGACGUCGCACAGUUUGCACAAGCCACACGCACAGGGUGGGGAGGGGGCGGCUCAAGCUGCCCCCCCCCCUGCCACCCCCACCCCCAGCACCCGCCGCCGGGACUGGGACGGUCCCGGGAUCGCCCCCAACCGCAGCCCCCCCGGCCCCGCUCACCGUUCCUCACCUGCGGUGGGGGGACAGGGAAGCCUCUGGAUCCCCCCCACCACAGAGCCCCCCCGGGGGGCUGAGGGGCUCCCUGAGCCCCCCGAGGCCGCCCUGGCCGUGCUGCCCGAGGAAGGGCUUUUACAGGCCAAUAAAGAGCAUUUUCCAAGGGUGA